ACAAAACAAAAAACAACAACAAUAAGUUCAAGCUCAAGUAAAUUUAAAAGUGUAUAGAAAUUAGUUAAACACGAAUUGUGAUGAAAUGUUCAGAGUGAUUUGAAGUGGAACCCAGAAUAUAGUAUGCAUGAUGAAAAAUAUGUAAUAAGUAUUUUUAACUGCGCUCUAAGUAAUUAAACAAUAAAACACUUUAUUUAAUUUAAGUAAAACAAGCAGCGGAUAUUUGUUUUUACCUAAAUGAGAGGUUAAUAACGAACAAAUCAACUUCUUUUAAUUUGCGUUUAACUUGUUCGCCGUACAAAAGCAGCAGCGGGCAUGCAUACCUCGGCGGAUUCUGUAAUUGCUUGCAGCAACGCCCAUAAUCACACUCGACUGCAAUUGUCGCCGCCCCAUCAGAAGCUGAGACCCGCCCCCAAUACUCACUCAGUUUCACCGCCAUUAGCCGCAGGAUCUGCAGCCAAUUUGGCAGAAGAUAAAUCUGGAUCCAACAGUGGCUGCAGCAGCAGUAGUACCAACGACAAUCCCAACUGCACGCCACUGGUAAAGCCACCGUACUCCUAUAUUGCUCUCAUCACAAUGGCCAUCCUACAAUCGCCUCAUAAAAAGCUUACACUAAGUGGCAUUUGCGAUUUUAUAAUGUCAAGAUUUGCAUACUACAAAGAGAAAUUUCCUGCUUGGCAGAAUUCCAUUCGCCAUAAUUUGAGCCUAAACGAUUGUUUUAUUAAAGUUCCACGCGAGCCUGGAAAUCCGGGAAAGGGGAAUUUUUGGACAUUGGAUCCUCUAGCCGAAGAUAUGUUUGACAAUGGUAGCUUUCUGAGGAGGCGCAAGAGAUACAAACGACCGCCCGCUAUGCAGAGGUUCCCAUUCCCGGCCGUUUUCGGAUCGAUUUCGCCGUUUUGGAUACGGAAGCCGGUACCUUUAGUACCGGUUCAUUUUAACGUUGCUAACUUCACAAAUAACCGUGACUGCUUCGAUAUGUUGCAUGCACCAACUGACGUUUUCGAUGCAGCGCGGAGAGAAGAGAAAAAAUUCAACUUCUUCGCCGGCGCAGAUGCCCUGUCUUAUCAGAGCAACGGCAAAUUCGACACCAUUUGUCAAAAUGUUUCUUUUAUGAGAAAAAACACAAACGUCCUAAGUGCAAUGGAUGAAAUCCAAAAGCAAGACAGGUUGCACACCGUUGCCGGCUCGACAGCAAGCUUUAUUGAAGAGCAAAACAUCGAUUGCAGCAAUUUGCUUCAUUACAAAGAGUCCAACAUAUUUAAUGAAAGCGAUGAUUUGUCUUGUGAUAGAAUCGAUGUCGAGAGCUCCAAUGAACACGACUCCCACAUAUCAGACUCAGUUGACAGUGUAUGUACAAACAAUAGAUUAGACCCCCAAAUAGACACUGAAGAUGUGGGUAAAGAGAGUCAUAGUGGAGGCAAUACAAAAGCAUCUUCUCCCUAUAUUUUACUCUUUGAUAAUUCGGAAAUUUCAAACAGCUCAACAGCUGGAGUCCCCUUUGUGGACCAACAUAAGGCCAACCACAACUUUGUCGACCUAAAGGAAAGACCAAACACGAAGUUUAACGACAAAGAAACUUACAAGCGAACGAUAAUUCCUUUCGAAUACGGUCACGUCAGAUCGACAAAACAUAACAAUGCGAAAGAUUUUCGCAUAGAGACAUUAAUUGGGCAUGUGGACGAGACCAGUGGUUAGAAUAAAAUUCACAAAGUUUGUGAAGGAAAAAAUUGUAAAUUUUUCUAAACUAUUGUAUGUUUGCUAUGACGAACUUCAACCUCAAAUAUGAUCAUGUACGCAGUAACUUUUAACAUGUAUGUAUGUAUAUUUCUUGAAUUUGGAACUCUGUAAAUGUGAGAAUCGCAAAACAAAUUAAUGUGUUAUGUAAAUUGUAUGAGUAGCUUAUAAAUAUGAAAAAUGAAAUUUAUAAAUAAAC